AGUUUGGUUUUGCAACUGUUUGGACUCAUAAUAUCACCACAGGUUGCGGUCUGCUGCUCAUGCGCACUAGCUCAACUACGAAAUAUGGCGGCUGACGACUGCUAGAGAAAAGUGUUGGGAUCUGAUCAAUUUCGUUAAAAAGCUGCCCUGGUCAGUACUACAGGGCCAUAGUUGCACACUGGGUGGACCACCUGCCUGUCAUUCCCAUUGCCUUGUAGAAUAACCACAUUACCCAGGAGCCAUCAUGGGCAGGACAUCAGUCAAAGAUCAGAAGGAGAAAGCAGGAAGUCUCCUUCCUCCAGGUCCCACUGCUGCUAAAGAGUCGUUCAGUUGGGAGGAGUACCUGAAGGAAACAUCAUCUACCCCGGCUCCACCUAGCUUCUUCAGACAGUCCAGAGUCCCUCCCUCCAAUGACUUCAAGGUGGGGAUGAAGCUGGAAGUCCAUGACCCUCGGAACUCCACCUCUGUGUGCAUCGCCACUGUGAUGGGCAUGACGGGUGUGCGUCUGCGUCUUCGUCUGGAUGGCAGUGACAACACCAAUGACUUCUGGAGGCUGGUCGACUCCUCAGACAUCCAGCCUAUAGGAACCUGUGAAAAGAAUGGGGACAUGCUGCAGCCGCCGCUGGGCUUCAGAAUGAACGCGUCUUCCUGGCCCAUGUUUCUGCUGAGAACCCUGAAUGGAGCAGAGAUGGCCCCUGCUACCGCUUUUAAAAAGGAGCCUCCACCACUGUCCCAGAAUAACUUUAAGCCAGGGAUGAAGCUGGAAGCAGUAGAUAAGAAGAACCCCUACCUCAUCUGCCCUGCUACCAUCGGAGAGGUGAAGGGGGAGGAAGUGUUUGUGAUGUUUGACGGGUGGAGGGGGGCGUUUGACUACUGGUGUCAACACCACUCUAGAGAUCUCUUCCCUGUUGGAUGGUGCUCCGUUACCAAACACAGCCUGCAGAAGCCUGGCAACAGUGUCAACCUGCCAAAGAACCUGCAUGUCCUAACAGCAGCCCACACCCCCUCCAAGCCUAGCCGUAGAUCCAUGCCUGCGCCCUUCCGGCUUCCCAGCCCCCUGCCCCCGCUGCCUGUCAGGAAGGGGGUGCGGGGGCGGCGCCCCAAGAGUGAGACCAUCGCCCUGCUGAAGGCUGUAGCGGAGGCAGCUGCAGCUCAGAACGGCAUGGCUCCAACCUCUAACUCACUGCUGGCUCCCAGGCCUCACAAGAAGAGAGGCCCUAAACCUGGCAGCAAGAGGAAGCCCAAGGUGCUCCAGAACGUAGUGUCUUCAGGUGCUGCGGAUGCCAAGCUGUCAGGGGGUCAACAGGACUGCUUCAGCUCUGUGGUCUCUACAGUGUGUGUGUAUGUGAACAAGCAUGGGACCUGUGGGCCUCACCUGGACAGGAAGCAGAUGCAGCGUCUUCCGGACCACUUUGGGCCAGGUCCUGUUAACGCGGUGCUACAACAGGCAGUUCAGACUUGUCUAGACUGUUGUUACCAACCAAAGGUGCUGCUCAGAACUCUACAGGCACACGCUGGGGGAGGAGAGGUUGUCAGUGUGAGGAUGGAUGGUGGAGUUCGUCUGGUGAAGCUGCCCUCAGCCUCAAGCGCCUCCUUUGUGCUCCGCUUCCUGGAGACGCUGUGCCGCACGCUGCAGAGUCAUUUCCUCUUCAGCUCCCAGCCCUUCAGCAACAUAUACACCUACAGUAAAUAUGUGAAGGAGGAGGCGUUGGAGGCCCCAUCACUGAGCCAGGGGAUGAAACGUCUAUCUAGAGACGCAUCCCCCUACGCAGCCACCCUUUCCCCAAAACUACUGCGCACUGAGGCACACCUUUCAGAAGAUACUCUGCCCCAUGAGGAGAACAGCCUUCUGAAGGAGCAGUGCUUCAUGGACUCUAACUCCAUGAUGCUGCGCAGCACCUCUGACUACCACACCCACUCCCAGGCCAGCAGCCCCUAUUACCCAUGCCAUGGCCCCGAACGCGCCCACAGCACGCCACUGCACCGCCUUGCCUCCAACCCUGCGGACCUCCCCUGUACACACACCAACAGAGGAGUGGAAGCCGCCAGCUCCACCACGGGCCCCGAGCCCACGGGCCCUGACAGACAGACCCCCAGGGGGGCAGGGUUGGGCAGGAACCCCUCUACCUGGUCCAUCGAUGAGGUCAUGCAGUUUGUGAGCGACGCCGACCCCUCAGCCCUGGCCCCGCACGCUGAGCUGUUCAGGAAACACGAGAUUGACGGCAAGGCCCUGAUGCUGCUGAGGAGUGACAUGGUGAUGAAGUACAUGGGUCUGAAGCUGGGGCCCGCCUUGAAGCUGUGUCACCACAUAGAGCGGCUGAAACAGGGCAAACUGUAGAGGUGAAACACAGAAUGGAACAGGGCAAACUGUAGAGGUGAAACACAGAAUGGAACAGGGCAAACUGUAGAGGUGAAACACAGAAUGGAACAGGGCAAACUGUAGAGCUGAAACACAGAAUGGAACAGGGCAAACUGUAGAGGUGAAACACAUAUACUGAAACAGGGCAAACUGUAGAGGUGAAACUGGAGAGCUGAAACACAGACAAACAGGGCUAACUGUAGGGCUGAAACUGUAGAAUUGUAACAGACUGAAACAGGGCAAAUGGACUGAAACACAGAAAAGAACAGGGCAAGCUGUAGAGCUGAAAUGGGGCAAAUUGUAGCAGGUCCCAGAUUAGCCCGGCCUCACAGACCCCAGGUGAGAAACAGCUCAUCCUACCACAGAAUGUCCCUCUUACAGGUGACCCAAUACUCAACCUCUAACAUUCUCUUCAGGGGCACACAGCCCCCAUCUAGCCCCUAGCCUGCACUAAGCCCUCUUUAUCUCUGAGCUCUCUCACUCCAGUUAUGUUAUCUGUGGUAACAUGCCUCUAACAUACAGACAGUGUGGAAACAUGGAAACACAUGGUGUGCAUCAGUGAAAACAUGCGUCGUGCAUCGCUGACACCACAUUACCUCAUCCUCUCCCCAGCCAAUCAGAGCUGGGCAAGCCAAAUACAGAAGGCUGUGAUUGGUUGGAUCCCAAAGCAACAGACUCUCUCCAUAGUGUUUACAUUGAAUAGCACAGACUGACUAACCUACACUAGGACAUGCUAAGACUUUUUACUGAGUAAUGUUUCAUCCUGCUUCUGGAUCCCAAAGAUGUACAAUGUUUUCUUCUAUGACGUUCUGUUUUUAUUAUCAUUAAUAUCCUGUUAAUAAGAAGGAUGUGUAUAUACAUUUAACAGUGACGAUAUUAGAUGCUAAACCUGUUUACAGCUGCAGAAUGUCUGUUGUCUAUUUCAAUUCCUGUUAGUUCAAUCAUGUGUCCAUGAUGCUGGAUGAUCUGCAGUUUAAGGUAGACCUAUGGCCUGUUGCCAUGACGGUCACUAGCCUCUCAUGGUAAAGGGUGAAAUGUGUUACUAGUGUUAGCAGGUGACUUUCCCUAAUGUAAGAUGGCCAUUGUCGUAAACAGCUAAACGUUUUAUCCAAUGCCUGUCAGACGGACAGGCACACAGACCAUCAACCUCCAACCAGUGGAGAUAAUCGGGCAGUGCUUUUGAAACUCAAAUUCCCUGUGAGUGUGGUGUUUGAUCUGGGGAUUCAUGAAGGUCAUGCUGUUAAAGAGAUCGCCCCUACUGGUGGUGUCAAGCACAGAGGCUUUGUCCAGUUUUCAUCAAUACAGAACUGUCGAGAAAGAUUAUUUUAAUUUAUUUCCAGACGUUAUUUCAGAUGACUGCUCAGUGAUUCUAGAAGUUAUUUCAGAUGACUGCUCAGUGAUUCUAGAAGUUAUUUCAGAUGACUGCUCAGUGAUUCUAGAAGUUAUUUCAGAUGACAGCUCGUUCUAGUUUCAAGAGUAAAGGGGACAUAUUAAAGGGCUUUCUAUCUAGGUUUCAGUUUGAUAUUAAAGGUGCUAUACACAGGAUUUUUUAAAUUUAAAUUUUGUGUCGUAAUUUCAGAAAAUGUCCAUAAUAUAUCUACAGAAAUAGUGGAAUGAUGGUGUGUUUCACAGUAUUGCUUACCGGCCAGUGUUGUGAUUGACUGUGAUAUUCGCCUCAAAAUGUAAUAGUUUGAGUUUGUAACUGUGUUAUCAAGUGGGAAUCGCUCUGCAAUUUUAAAUUGUACAAUGAUUCCCUACACUAUUCAGUGCUUGUUUUCUCACAUAAACUGAAAUUGAGCGAACAGUGUAGCAACCAGGGAAUUACAAACAAAAAAUUUCCACUAAAUAACAGUCUGAAUUUACAAUGCAGAAAUUCAACAAAAAAUCCUGUGUAGCGUCUUUUAAUAUUAGUCCGAGUCGGAGAUAUCCUCACCUGCCGUUGGUCCCUGCAGGAAGUCAUGUUGUCAGUUGGACCAUUUGUUAAAACAGAUUUAUGGGUUUAACCAUAAAUAUCAGACACAAGAAUGUACAUUUUUGUAGAAAAUAAAUAUUUUAAUGAAAUGUGUAUAUAUAAGUAGAAAUGUAAAGAUUAUGGGUGAGGGAGGGACAAUAUAUUUCAUACUGCCUUUUUAAUGCUUUAUAUAUCUUUUAGUUGAAACGCCCUCAACAUAAUACAGCAGAACCUGCCUUGCUUUACUUUGAGAUCUCUCUUGGUUAAUAAACUUUUGUAGCAUUCUGUUCUGGGUAUUGUAAACCAUUCUUCUGUUGCUGGUGAGUUGAAGUUAAGGACUCAUUGUGCCAUAAAGCAACACAAGAACACAGUGUUCUUGUUAAAUUCUUUUAAAGCAGCUCAAAUUACUUGAAAAAGAUGCUGUAAAUCAUGCUUGUUUGUAAAGUCACACCUGAAAUAAAAGUGUAUUUUCUGUUUUAUAGAUAUCCCAAAUGGAAA